UGAGAUAAUGUUAGCCAUCAAAUCAGUAGACGACGUGGGAAAGCCAUAGAAAAAUAUAUACAAUACUUGAUAAGAUCUGGUCAGUAUCUGCUGACGAGCAACUCCUGCAAGAAUUCCUGGAAAAGAACUGCAAAACCUCAGAAGAUUGUUAUAACACCCAGUGGCUGCUCUAAGGGGAAGUAAAGCAAAGUUGAUCAGAAGACUUCAAGAUGAUGUUGCUGUUGAUUACUGUUGUAAUUUGUUGGGGCGCUACAGUCUUUGCGCAGACACCAUUUAUUCCAACUUCCGGGAUACAGUGUCUCAAGAACGACGACUGUGACGACUUGGAGCACAAGUGCUGCUCCAUCACACCUCUGCUGGGCAAACGAGAGGUCAAGGGUGCAAGUGCGACCGCAAGCGACGUAGGCGGAGAGUGGUAUCCGUACGUCCACUACUGUCUGCCGUACAAGGCAGCUGACGCACCAUGGUGUGAUCUUGACCUCCAGUACUCCACUGACUCCCCGAACUACUUCGGUCUUUGUCCAUGUGGGCCAGGGCUCAGGUGUAUCCCCACUGAAGACCUUGACCCUAAAUGGUACCCACGAGAGCGCUUCGGAAAAUGCGCUCCAUCAUAGAGAGAACUCGUUACACUAAGAACUGCCGUACCAAAACAACCGUAAAGCCGUUUAUGUGUAAUAAAAAGUCCUCAUAAAAACUUUGG